AUGACUGAUAUAAUCAAUCAGGUGGAGCAGCAGCUAUGCUACCCGGGCUCCAAUACCUCGUGCCCUAGGGCCGAUUUCCAUCUGGGGGCCCAGGUCGCUCUGUACACGCUGUUUGUGUUGGGCAUGCUGGUCACGGUGGUUGGAAACGCCAUUGUCAUCGUGUCCAUUGCUCACUUCAAGCAGCUGCACAGCCCCACCAACGUGCUGGUGCUCUCCUUGGCUCUGGCCGACCUACUGCUGGGGUUGACCGUGAUGCCGUUCAGCACAUUGCGCGCCGUCCAGGGCUGCUGGUUCUACGGGGACACCUUCUGCCUUCUCCACUCCGCCUUCGACAUGUUACUCACCUGCAACUCCAUCUUCCAUCUCAUCUGCAUUGCGGUCGACCGCCACGAAGCCGUGUGCAAGCCCCUGCACUACUCCCGCAACAUCACCAUGACCGUGGCCUGGCUCAUGGUGUCUGCCAGCUGGGCCCUGGCCACCCUCUACUCCUACUGCCUGAUAUACUCCAAGGCAAACAUCCGAGGUCUGGAAGAUUACCUGGCAUCCAUAUACUGCCUGGGCAGCUGUAACCUGCUGUUUAACAAGCUGUGGGGGACACUGGACACCAUCAUUGCAUUCUUCUUCCCAUGCACCAUCAUGGUGGGCCUGUACGCAAAGAUCUUCCUCGUGGCCAGAGAGCACGCGAGGAAGAUUGACGACAUGGGGGGUCAUGGCGGGACGUUGAAUGGUAAAGGUGCAAGCGGGCAGACCAAGCGUUCAGAGCACAAAGCGGCCAAGACUCUGGGUAUUGUGGUCGGAGCGUUUAUCUUUUGCUGGAUGCCGUUCUUCCUGAACUCGAUCGCUGACGCCUACACAGGUUUCAGCACGCCUGCGGCCGUUUUCGAGGUGUUUGUUUGGCUGGGUUACUUCAACUCAACCCUAAACCCUGCUAUUUAUGCCCUCAAUUAUCCCUGGUUCAGGAAAACCUCUCGCCUUAUUUUCACCUUGAAAAUAUUCACCAGUGACUGCUCGUCCAUGAAUGUGACUUGAAUGUUAGGGUUUUCGUUAAUCUGUCUGCUGAAAUAUACAUUGUUGCAGCAUGUUUGCUUGUAGAUCCAGAGACUUUACUUACCUGUUAUAUUCAAUGUGCAAGGAUGCCUUUCAUCCAUGCCCGAGAGAAAAGUCACAUUGGGCGUCUCGUCCCUUUGGUGGGACCG